AUGAUUCUCUCAUCGGCAGGCAUCGCACCUGUAAUAGUAGUAUUUCCCAUUGAUUUCACGAAUGCUGUGCUCUCGCUAGGUGUACUUGUCGAUGUUGGAGUGGGUGGUUUCAUCAAAUCACCGGAUGAUCCUGACAGUGGUGUGGAUGCUGCCGAGCUGGUGCAACUCGGUGAGCUAUUAGAGUUGGUGAGUAGCGUUGGUGAUGCUGAAACUGCCAUCGUUGCCACUGAGAGUGCAGGUGCUGACUGUGAUGUACCCAUCAUCGAUGGACUUCUAUUCUUUCCAGAAGAAGGAACAAUCUUCUUUUGUAUUGUAUUUGAACACGAUAUUGUAUUCAUCAAAUCCAUACAUUUCUUGUGGCAAACAAUUCCACACUGUGAACAUUUAUAUGAAUGA